CACCUGGCGGCGGCGGCGGCUCCUCACGCCGCUCCCGGCGGCUCGGCAGCGGCGGCAGCCUCGGGGGGAGCCGCGGGGUCGGCGCCCCGCAGCAGGUCCCUGGGGGGCGCCGCCACCGCCGCGGGGGCCCGCGCCGCGCAGUCCGCCUUCAGCAUCCCCCACAGCAGCGGCCCCUACGGCUCGCAGGACUCGGUCAGCAGCACCCCGGAGGAGGGCGGCCGGGAGCGGGCCCCCGGGGGUGGCGGUGGCGGCGGCGGAGGCUCCGGCGGAGGCUCCGGUGGUGGCUCCGGGGGGCCCCGGCUCGUCAUCGGCUCGCUGCCCGCGCACCUCUCGCCGCACCUGUUCGGAGGAUUCAAGUGCCCUGUAUGUUCAAAAUUUGUAUCUUCUGAUGAAAUGGAUUUACAUCUUGUGAUGUGUUUGACAAAACCAAGGAUAACCUACAAUGAGGAUGUGCUGAGUAAAGAUACUGGGGAGUGUGCAAUAUGCCUGGAAGAGCUGCAGCAAGGAGAUACUAUAGCACGGCUGCCUUGCCUCUGCAUAUAUCAUAAAGGCUGCAUAGAUGAAUGGUUUGAAGUAAAUAGAUCUUGCCCUGAGCAUCCAUCAGAUUAAGAGAAGAGUCAUGUUUUUAGCUGCUUCCACUGAUCAGAAAACAUAGGAGAUCUGCGGUUCCCUUGCUGAACACAGCGUGCCUGGCUUGAGACUUAACUGUUCUUUGUGGCUGAAAAAGGCAAAGGUGGACAGUGACACGGAAAAAGCAUUGCAGACACCAGUAGUGCUCAGUAUACCAAACACUCAUGCAAAGGACACACAGGGAUUUUGAAAAUGCUGCACAUUCUGUAACAAUCUACUCCCCACAGACAUUAUUGACACUCUUUUGUAUUGAAGGCCAAAGUUCCUAAUUUCAGCCCAACUUCUGGUUCUGUGAAGAAGCGGGUUAUUGGACACGUUUCCUGCUGCCUCAAGUGGAAGCCGAGACGUUCGAUACGUGCUCUCUGAGACCCUUGCAGGAGGGUGGCCCCAUUUUUAAAUGGGAACGUUUUCACCUUCUCGUUGGCUGAAGAAGAGUAAAUGGCAAAUUAAAUGUAAUCUAACAGUGUGACCUUAUUUACUGAAUUCACACCAUGUUUUAUGUUCUUCACUUUUACAAGAACAGAAAACAAACUUCUCUGCAUAGGAAUACUAUAUUUCAAAAUUUUGUAACUAAACCUUUGUCACAAUGCAGUCCAAAGAGUAAAACUGGGACAGGUAACUAAUUUAUAUUGAUCAAGCUAUAGGGAUUGUUGAAAUCUGCACAUUGUAUUGCUAUUUAAGUAACUAAAACUUCUCUUUUACUGCUUGUGAGUAAAAACAAAACAGAAAAAAAAUGCAGCAAAGCAAAAUCUUACAGCUAUGCAACUUUUUUUUAAAUAGGAAAAAAGAAGAAUUACCAAUUUUAAGUGCUGCCAGUUAAGGUAAUUUGUUUAACGGGUAUUUUUUUAAAAAUGUUUCAGGUAAUUAUUUUAUUGUACUACUCUCAUCUCCAGGCUGCCUCCUGAGGUGGAAAUGAAUAACUACAAAUGUGGGCACAGCAAGAGUGUUGUUUUUUUUUUUCUUAAUAGGCAUGGGUGAGAUAACAUCGAGGUGGGAAUCGUGUUUAAUUUUUAAAACACGUACGUGCAAGUUUUUCUUUGUUUCCUUGUUUGAAUGUUUUAUCUGAUGGCAGGAUUUGUAGUACUUUGCAUCUAAAUCAUUGGUCUCUUCAUGUGGAGGCUAGCAUUUGACAGUGUGGUUUUUUGUUCCUUUUUUAAAGGCACCUGCAUUUGUUUAAUUUAUUGUUAUUUUACUGUAUAAUAUUAGUAUAACCAGGGCUCCAUGAAACACCAGUUGUCUCUGGGGGGUACACCAAGUAAAACUGUGGUUAAGUAUUAGUUCCCAUAAGGUAUUACAGUUCAAAAAAAAGAAAAAAAAAAAAAAAGAAAAAAAAACUGGAACAGAUAUCAGGGCUUAGAAGAGUACUUUUUACAUCAAGAGUUAAACCUAGUAGUAUCUGAAUUUCACAGUACAGGGAAGAGUUUAUGAAUAUUUAUUCCUGACAGCAGUUUUAGUGGGUUUCAGUAGCGAAAAUAAAUUGCACACUUCAAACGUU